AGUCUUUAUAAAAUCCAUUUUUUUUAGCAAUCCAUACAAUUUUCUGUACUACUAGCGCCAACGUCUCCAAAUCAAUGUCUCACUUAAAUCAAUCGGGUUAUAUCCACAAGUAGUUUUACAAUUUGUCAAGCAAGUUUUUUUGUUAGCCAAAAUAUUUAUAAUUUUUAAGCAAUCCGAGGGUAUUCUUAUUCGAAAAAAUGUGUUUUACUCCGCCAACAUGACAUAAAGAGCAAGAGAAGUGGUCACCAAGCCGUUUGGACAUCGCUAAAGGUCGUUAGAGUAACUGAUAGCUGGGAAAGGGUUAAAAAAUCUUCGAAGAUUAAGCAUACGCUGUCAACAUGGCGUUUUCUAUACGAAAGAUGUUUUCCAAUAUAUCUUAUUUCUCAAAAUCUGGCGACCAAGCUAGUCCAGAUGGGUUUAGUCAAAAUGAUGCUAGAAAUACGAACUAUAUGAAUGAAUCUUCACGCAGCAUGAAUUUCCAAUCUAUUGAGCCCGAUUCUACUUCUAAACUGCAUGCAACCAGUCUCAAGCUGCCAGAAUCAGUCAAAAAGUAUGGUGCCAAAAAAGGUUCUCUAUCAGAUACUGAUCUUCUGAAAAGCGAUGAUUUCGGUGCAAAAAAUUAUAGAACAAAGAAUAGAAAUUUAAAACUGGAUAUAAGGAAAGCCAGCCAGUCUAUGACGGAGUCUUUAUCACAAACGGACAAUCCGUAUAUUGAGAAUACUCCGAAACACAUCUCCUUAGAUUGCAAAAGCGCUGAUUUGUUCAGUCAGAAAUUUAAACAGUUGAAUUUCAGCCGUUCGUUUGAAUUUGAGAUAUCCUCGGAGUCUGAGGAGGAGUUAGAUAUAGAAUCGUUGUCCGAAUGUUCCGAUACGGAUGUCUCUGUGAAGGAAGACGAUAAGACUGAUAUAAAAAUGUGCAGAAAAGUCGAGUCCGUCUGCGAGUACCAGAUAGUACCAUCAGCCACUCCAGAAUCGUUUGGUGACGUUGAAUUAGACCGCAACGAGGAAGAACGGAUCUCCCUACUGCUGAACUACCAGAUGAAGUUCGAAAAAAUUGAAUGUGUUUUGAAAAAACUGCUCUCUGAAUUCCAAUUUCAUAUUGAAGUGUCCAAAAUAUUCAACAGCAAAUCAAUUGUCACUGCGUUACCCGGUACAGACGUUUCUAACAUCCCAAAAAUGUUAGGUCAAGUUACGUACAUGGACAAUGUGAAACGUGACUCUCCAACGGAAUCCUGGAACAUUAUAAUGGAGAAGGAAGAUGUAGCUACUAAAUAUAAAUUCCGGAAGCAACUAUUGUCACUCAGACACUGCCUGGACAACUUCGCAGGGAAUUACUUACAGAAUGAAGAACCAAAGAGAGCAAAGCCAGUUAUUAAACGCAGCAUAACGUUCGAGCUUCAUAAAGGCAAGCGUAUUCACAAGAACUUAAAAAUGACAAACAAAAAACGGCUCAAACAUUUCGAUUUUCCUGAUCACAGAGAUGCAUUACUCAAUCUAUUUAAAGAAACCGAUUUCGAUGAGACUGAUACUCAUUUAGACCGGACCGAUGAUGGGUCUCAUAAGUGUGUGUGCCAAUGUCAUAAUCAGUCACUAAACCAGUCAGAUUCCGGUCUUACAAAAGAAAAUCUGUCAAAUCAAUCAAUAACAUCGUCUAUUGGGAACUUUAGCUUGGAUUCUACUACUCUGUCAGCUUACUCCGAGUCUUUAGAUCAGGUUAUAAGCUACAACAGCUUCGAAGAUUCCAGUCUUUUUAAUUCUCUGCAGCAGAAGCCCGCUGUGGAACGUAUAACGUUCUACGUACAAGCUCAUAGCAUACAAAUUCAUUCAUACGCCGAUGGGAUUGAAACUAAGAACUGUAUUUCAUUCUUCUGUCCCGCUUGCGAUAUAACUGAGAGGGAAGAAGAUGGUCUACUGAAACAUAUUCUCAGUCAGAAACAUUGUGAAAAAAUUCACUUUUUAUACAAAAGUGUGUAUAUUAAAAAAUGUGUUGCAUUAGGAAAAGAGAUUCAGCCAAGUACGGUUCUAAAUCCGAUGACUAUGUACCGAGAUGAUAAUAAGAUAGUUUGCUUUGGGGAUGCUGUGUACGCCUGCUCUUUGUGCUUUGAAAAUAAUAUAGUCGGAGAGUCAAUUCUCAUGGCUCAUUGCGCAGAAGAAAUCCAUGCGGAACGCAAAGAAAAAAUGUAUGAAAUGUUCGAAUGAAUUUACAAGGCAGGACCGGGUAAAACUUUUACUAACUUUAUUUUCAAAUAACAUGUGUAUUUCAGUCUUUUUUUUUCAUUUUCUGUUUCGGACUUGCAUGCUUGCAUGUAAUUUUUUAGCUAAUUUUAAAAACAGCUGUUUGUUGACUGUUAAUUAUUUUUUUUUAAUUCGAAAAACUUUUUUUAAAAUUUGAACUUAAAAAACAAUUGCUCAAUACAAAAAAAUAGAGAGAAAGAAAUGCCAAUAAAUAGCUGUUUUCUUCCCUAAGCAUAGACAAUGACAUUUUUUAAUCUUUCCUUUUUUAUUUUUAAACUUUUUUUCUUUAUUUUUUCUUUUACACAAAAAGAUCUUUACAUAAUAUUUUUAUUACUAAGUAAUUGCUAGUCUUUUUUUGUUUUUACAAAAAUCGAUGGUUAUUUAUUAAUUAUUAGUAAAAAUUAUAAAAAGGUGCUCGAUACAAUAGCACAGAUUGUGUUCAAACUUAUGUCUGUCCAUUGUAACAGUUUUAGCGAAAUAUAAAGCCAUUUGCCUGAAUAGUUGUCGCUUUUUCAAAAUCUAAUUCAUUUACUUGGCUGCAAAAAAAACACUUUAAAAAAUAUAGCUACCUCAAAUCUAUGACCAAUAUGACAAAAAAAAAAAAACACUUUAAAAAUCGAUUUGUGUAAUAUACCUACCUCAAAUCUUCUCUUAAGUAUGGCAAAUACCAUGCUGAAAACCGCACCAAAAUCGGGUCAGCCCAACUUGAGACUUGAUAUAACUGCGCACAAAUACACAUACGUAGUUACACUCGAAAAAAAUGUGGUUUAAGAAUUUCCGAAAUCGGUUCAAAUGUCCAGAGACUGCUCCUCUAAAUCACAUUUUUUAUGUAUUGAAAAGAGCUUUAUUUAUUGUUUUAUUUUUUCUCAUUUUCAAAAUAUCAGGAAUAUUGUUAGGACUUCUUUAUAUAUUUUUUUAAAGAAAAAGCGACAACUAUUGAAGCAUAUUUCAAAAACAGGGUGUUUCUAGAAGACUUUAAACAUUUUUUUUUAAACUUAGCGUAACUUAUUACUUAUAAUACAUAAGUUAAGCACAUUUAUCACUUACGCCUCUAUAAUAAUCGUAAUUUUAAGUAAAAAACUUAGCUAAAAACAUGCGUAGUGUAAUAGACUGAUUUUUAUAUUUUUUUCAUUUUUUUUUCUCAAUUUGCGUUUUUUUUAGAAAAAAAUAUUUGUUGAUUAGAUUUUUUCCGUUUUAAAAUUUUUGUUUUAGUUUGAAAAUGUUUUUUUUAUUGUUUGCUACGGC